AGUUUUGUUUGUUCACGGCCCAUUACAGGGUUAUAUACCCAAAGUGGUAGCUCUUCCCCUAAAAUAUGAACCCCCACACCACGCCAUUGUCACUGUCACCACAAUUCUUCAAACCCUAGAAUCCAGCCUCCAUAGCUUUCUUCUCAAAGAUCUCAUCGUUCACCGUCGGACUUUAUGCUUCCUGGAAAGAGAUCAGCUGGAGGAGAGGAAGUAGUAGUAGAUGAAUCUUUGAUCAAGAGAACUAAGAUUGACAACUUGAUUUCAUCAGCCGCUGCCGCCAGCACAAGCACAGGGACGUCUUUGACAGUUGCAACCAUGGGAGGAGGAAACAACCCGAACGGAACCACCAACGGUAAAAUGCCCAUUGGUGGUGGUGGAUCAAACCAAUCGGAUAUUGAUGAGGAUCUCCAUAGCCGACAGCUUGCAGUUUAUGGUCGGGAAACUAUGAGGCGCUUAUUUGCGUCCAACAUUCUAGUUUCUGGGAUGCAGGGACUUGGUGCUGAAAUCGCAAAGAAUCUUAUUCUUGCUGGUGUGAAGUCUGUGACAUUGCAUGAUGAGGGAGUUGUCGAGUUGUGGGAUUUAUCUAGCAAUUUUAUUUUCACGGAGGACGAUCUGGGAAAGAACAGAGCUCUUGCUUCUCUCAACAAAAUGCAAGAACUGAACAAUUCUGUUGUUAUCUCUACAUUAACAACAGAACUAACUACUGAGCAGCUGUCUGAGUUCCAGGCUGUAGUGUUCACGGAUAUUCCUUCGGCAAAAGCAAUUGAAUUCGACAAUUUUUGCCAUAAACACGAGCCUCCAAUUGCUUUCAUAAAAUCAGAAGUACGCGGUCUUUUUGGUAGUGUGUUUUGUGACUUUGGCCCUAAAUUCACCGUCUCAGAUGUAGAUGGGGAGGACCCACACACAGGCAUCAUUGCAUCUAUAAGCAAUGACAAUCCUCCACUUGUCACAUGUGUGGAUGAUGAACGCCUCGAGUUUCAAGACGGAGAUCUAGUCGUGUUUUCCGAAAUCCACGGGAUGACAGAACUUAACGAUGGAAAACCAAGAAAGGUUAUAAACGCAAAACCAUUUUCUUUCAGUAUCGAAGAAGAUACUACAAAAUAUGGUGCGUAUACAAAGGGUGGAAUUGUAACUCAAUUGAAGCAACCAAAGGUAUUGAAAUUUAAGCCAUUGGAAGAGGCAAUUAAAGAUCCUGGUGAAUUUCUUCUUAGUGAUUUCUCUAAAUUUGAUCGCCCUCCACUCUUACAUCUUCUGUUUCAAGCGUUGGAUAAGUUUGUAUCCGAGUUGGGACGAUAUCCUGUUGCUGGUUCUGAAGAAGAUGCUCAGAAGUUGCUGUCUUUGGCUAACAAUAUGAACAAUGAACUUAAAGAUGGAAAGAUUGACCAGAUUGAUGAGAAAAUUGUUAGAAGCUUUGCGUUUGGUGCAAGGGCUGUUUUGAACCCCAUGGCUGCGAUGUUUGGUGGUAUUGUUGGACAGGAAGUUGUUAAGGCUUGUUCUGGAAAGUUCCAUCCGCUAUUUCAGUUUUUCUAUUUUGACUCUCUAGAGUCCCUUCCUGUAGAGCCUUUGGACCCCAAUGACUUAAAGCCCUUGAAUAGCCGUUAUGAUGCUCAGAUUUCUGUCUUUGGGGCCAAACUUCAGAAACAACUAGAGGAAGCAAAGGUUUUCGUUGUGGGAUCGGGUGCGCUAGGCUGCGAGUUUUUGAAAAAUUUGGCAUUAAUGGGCGUUUCUUGUGGUAAUGGAGGAAAGCUAACAAUUACCGAUGAUGAUGUUAUUGAAAAAAGCAACCUCAGCAGGCAGUUUCUUUUUAGAGAUUGGAACAUUGGUCAAGCUAAGUCAACGGUUGCUGCAACUGCCGCCACCUUGAUAAACCCUAAGUUUCAUAUUGAAGCACUUCAAAACCGUGCCAGCCCAGAUACUGAAAAUGUGUUUGACGACACUUUCUGGGAGAAUCUUAGUGUCGUUGUCAACGCUCUUGAUAAUGUGAAUGCAAGGCUUUAUAUUGACCAGAGGUGUUUGUAUUUUCAAAAGCCGCUUUUAGAGUCAGGAACUUUAGGUGCCAAGUGUAAUACACAGAUGGUCAUCCCUCAUUUGACUGAGAACUAUGGUGCUUCCCGAGACCCACCUGAGAAACAAGCGCCUAUGUGUACUGUGCAUUCAUUCCCACACAACAUUGACCACUGUUUGACCUGGGCUAGGUCAGAAUUUGAAGGAUUGCUUGAGAAGACACCAGCUGAAGCCAAUGCGUAUCUGUCUAAUCCAAGUGAAUACACUUCUGCAAUGGAAAAAGCUGGCGAUGCACAAGCGAGGGAUAAUUUGGAACGUGUGCUUGAAUGCCUCGAGAGGGAGCGGUGUGAAUCAUUUGAAGACUGCAUAACCUGGGCCCGCUUAAAGUUUGAAGAUUACUUUGCUAACCGUGUGAAACAGCUGACCUUUACUUUCCCUGAAGAUUCUGUAAACAGCAGCGGGACCCCUUUUUGGUCUGCCCCAAAACGUUUCCCGCGGCCCUUGGAGUUUUCCGUUGAAGACCAAAGCCAUCUUAACUUUGUUAUUGCAGCAUCUAUACUAAGAGCAGAAACUUAUGGCAUUCCAAUCCCAGAGUGGGUCAAAUCUUCUACAAGGUGCGCAGAUGCUAUUAGCCGAGUGAUGGUUCCUGAUUUUGAGCCCAAGAAGAAUGUCAAGAUUGUUACAGAUGAAAAAGCCACUAGUUUGUCUACUGCAUCUAUUGAUGACUCUGUUGUUAUCAAUGAACUGGUCAACAACUUAAAAUUGUGCCACCAGAACCUGCCGCCUGGUUUCCGGAUGAACCCGAUUCAGUUUGAAAAGGAUGAUGACACCAAUUAUCAUAUGGAUCUGAUUGCGGGACUUGCGAACAUGAGAGCUAGGAAUUACAGCAUCCCAGAAGUCGAUAAGCUCAAGGCCAAGUUCAUUGCUGGCAGGAUUAUUCCUGCUAUAGCAACCGCUACUGCCAUGGCCACCGGUUUUGUCUGCCUGGAGCUAUACAAGGUCCUAAGCGGUGGUCACAAAGUGGAGGACUACAGAAACACAUUUGCCAACCUGGCACUCCCUCUAUUCUCAAUGGCUGAACCGGUCCCACCAAAAGUGAUCAAACACCAGGACCUGAGCUGGACCGUUUGGGACCGUUGGAUCAUUAGAGAUGACCCAACUUUAAGAGAGCUUCUUCAGUGGCUAAAAAACAAAGGUCUGAAUGCUUACAGCAUAUCUUAUGGAAGUUGUUUGCUUUACAACAGCAUGUUCCCCAGGCAUAAAGAUAGAAUGGACAAAAAGAUGGUGGACUUGGCAAAAGAAGUGGCUAAAGCUGAGCUGCCAGCGUACAGACGCCACAUCGAUGUGGUGGUUGCUUGCGAGGAUGAAGAUGAUAAUGAUGUCGAUAUUCCUCAGGUCUCGGUAUACUUCAGGUAGAUCAUCUCGUUAUCUUUUACUACUUAGUCAUGAGAGUACUUGAAUUUGAUACAUUUUAGGGUUUGAACCCUACUAAACCAAGAUGUUCUGUACAAGAUUGUGUUGAAAAACGUGGUUUAACAUCAUGCAUUUAAUUUUGCUUUUAAGGUUGGGUUCAUAUUUUGCUAA